GUCCGAUUGUAACUUUCAGCCUGCGUUUGCAUUUUACUGCUACUCAAUAACUAAGUUAUAUAUCAUUGCGUCAUGGGCGGACUAAAAGAGGAUCUAGCAUAUGACCCCCCCUGCCAUCCACGAGCAUGUGCCAUUCAAGCUUGUCUGACCAAGAACUCAUACCAGGAAGAGAAGUGCCAGUCGCAAAUCAAUGCCCUCUACGAAUGCUGCAAUUCGUUCUACAAGGAGCAAGGCGAAGAAGCGAAAACCCCGAGCUGUCCCAAGCCGAGUCUUCUGCGACUGAGGAUGAAGCAACGAGGCCAGGAAUCCUAGCUUGAACACGAGCUCCUGACGGUUGCUUUGUGUUGCUGUGUAGACAUGUAUAUAUUACCACACCGAGCGUUGCAGAUGUCGAAACACGAGGCCAAAGACCCUUGACCCAAAUACUACUGUAGAGUUGUGCGAAAAUUC